AUGCUAAAAUAUCCAACAAUUAACAACUCUCGACCAGAUCUCGUUAAAUCCAUCGAACAACAUCAAGCCGUAAAUCAAAAUAUUAAAAAAUCCAACCCGUCAUUAAUUUUUAUCAAUACUCUCGUCAAUGGAUCACGUCUACGUGCCAUGAUUGAUACUGGCGGAACACAUUCAUUUAUUACUCAACGGGCAUUGAGCACAUUAUAUCAUUCAGUAGUCCCAUCAUGUGAUUGCAUAGCUCAAUUAGGUGAUGGUCAAACUAUGCUUAAAAUAGUGGGUGAAGUUCUACUAUUAUUGCAAUUUAAUAAAGUUUUUACACCUUUAAAUGUUCUCGUCGUCAAAACAAUGAAUACAGAUUUUAUACUUGGCAGUGAUUGGUGUACAAAAAAUGCAGCAAAAAUUGAUUAUGAAAAAAAUCAAGUGUCUAUACGUUCUUCACGUGGUCGUACAUUUAUUCCAUAUCACAAAAGCAUUGAGUGUUUAACUUUAGAUGUCAAAUCAAUUAAUGUUAUUCAUAUACCUCCACGCGAAUCAUAUACUGUUCAAGCCAAAGUAGAAUUAUCAUCAGCUGAUACGGUCUACUUCUCUCCUGUCGAUGCUAUACAACCAAAAAAAUCUAUUGUCAUGUCACCAUCGUUGUUACACAUAAAUAAUUAUACUACAUAUUUAGAAGUAUAUAAUCCUCAUGAUUAUACAUAUACAUUACCAUGA